UUGGUAUUCAAUAUGAUUUUUGCGGUUAUUUUCGGGUAUCUCAUCAGACUAUUGGGGAUGACAGUAGUCAAUGGACAGUCGAUUCCAGUCAUUCAGCCGAUAGUCUACAGCCUCCCCACACCCCCGGCCCUGACUGGACCGCUGACACCAAACGAUGUGCUGACCAAAGCUGAGAGAGUUCAUGUCAACAUCAUCAAAGGACCCAGCAGUUUCGUCAGCCACGAAGCGAACCUUUAUGCUGGAACAGUUGACAACAAAAUCUACCAAGUGGCCGCCUGUCCUCCCAAACUUAUCGCUAGCCUCUCUCCCCCAGGUUGCAACACAGUCAAGACAUGUGGACAGAUGCUCAGCCUAAGACGUGACCCAACAACCGGGUUGCUGGUUGCCUUGGAUACAUACAGAGGGUUGUUUACUGUCAACCCGCUAACCGGCCAAACCCAGCAAAUUUUUUCAUCGGCUACUCUAAUUAACGGCCGACGUCCAGUGCACUUAAACGACAUGGUCAUCUCUCCCAACGGAGUUAUUUUUAUGACUGACUCCAGUGACGUCUACACCUACCCUAACGAUGUAUAUAUUUGUAUGGAUGGAAGACCCACGGGCAGACUGAUCGCCUAUGAGAUAAAGAGUGGUAUAACAACAGAAGUUUUGGCCAAAACGUUCAACUUUCCCAACGGGCUAGAGCUUACAGCAGACGGCGACCUGCUUGUGACGGAGACCUGUCGGGCCAGGAUACACAGGGUGAGUUUGAAACGACCCACGUGGCUUCAUGUGAGUUCAUUUGCGGUCAAUCUGCCCGGACUCCCAGACAACAUCCGGUCGUCAGGUCGAGGGACCUACUGGGUCGCCAUGUCUUAUCCACGUUACGCUGGUAUCCGUAAUCCAGUGGAUUUCAACGCUGGAAAUCCUGAUUAUCGCUCUAUGGGAUUUAACUGGCUCUCUAGAGAUCAGCUCAAGUCCUACUUUGUGCAACGGGCAAUCGCCGUUGAAAUAGAUUCUUCUGGGAUUGUCAUCGGAAGUCUGCAUGAUCCUACAGGAACCACAUUACGUAUGCUGACCGAAAUUCACGAGUCCGGUGGAGUCAUCAACGUUGGCAGCCAUCUUGUGCCCUACAUGGCUAGAGUUAUCCUUCCUGAGACAAGCGGCAUCAAGAUAACUGUUGAUGGCUACAUACAGGUUAAACGCAGCCGGUGUGAGCUAGCAGACGGUCAAGUGACAGCCACACGAGAAAGGUUGCUCAAACAGCAGACGACCAGCACCGCGGCAUAAGUCACAGACAACAAUCAUUGAAGCUUAACUCAAUUAACAAUACAUUGUUCAGCUUUAUAUAGGCCCACUUGGUCUAGAAAAAGCCUAAGAGGGAACUUGUAAUUUUGCAACCCCCUUCCUCUCUCCCCACCCUCAUUAAAUAUAUUUAAAAGAUUCCCGGAUCGAAUCACCCUCUUCAAUUAUUCCGUUCUUGAAGAAUAAAGUUAGUUUUACAUUUUAUGGUAUAUC